AUGCUUGCUCGUCCGUCUUGCGCCGCGACCACGUUGAUACCUUCAGAGCAGCAAAAGAUUAUCGGCGUCGACGUGCGCUUGACCUGCCCCAGCAACCAGCCUGUCGCCUCACAGGACCGUCUCGCCGCGUGUCUUCGCCGCGCAAGCCGCAGCGUCUUAUUCCCAUCCAGCGAUGAAUACACCGCGAAGAAGACGCUUUGCAACCGCCGCCGCGACAUUGAGCCCUUUCCCCGCGCGAUUGUCUCCGCCGGUGCGGUGACUGAGGUUCGCAGAGCCGUAGCUUGUGUCGCGGCGGCCAAGGCGGCCGAGCCACCACGUAGCGACAGCAGGCUGCACGUCUGCGCCCGGUGCGGAGGCCACGGGUUUGAGAACGACGCUGGUUGCACCGGCGGCGUGAUGGUCGACGUAGCUGCCUUGCAGGCGUUUAGCAUCGACGCAGAGACGGGCAUCGCCAAGUUUGGAGCUGGGCACACGUGGGGACAAAUCUAUUACAAACUCGCUCAGCACGGGCGCGCCUUCCCCGGCGGCACCGAGGCAAGCGUUGGGACAGCGGGCCUCAUGCUCGGUUGCGGACGCGGCCUGCUGACGCAGGUCCAUGGCCUAGCAUGCGACUCGCUAAUCGAGGUGGAGUACGUCAACGCGACGGGAUCACUGCAUCGCGCGAGCGCGCUCGACAACACCGACAUGUUCUGGCUCGCCAAGGGGGGGGGCAGCGAGUUUCCUGGCGUUGCGACCCGCUUCACCGUCCGCACGUAUGCCAUGCCGCGGCUCGUCGUCAAGCGCAGGUGCCCGACUCGCCAGGUGGCUGCCCUGGCCGAAAGGUGGAUGCGCAGCCUCGACGACGGGGGAGACCACUGGCCUGCCGACCUGCCCAGCUUCUCGCACGUGGCGGUCAGCCGCGGCCUCCCUGGCGCCAUGCUCGAGGCCAUGUGCUUCGACUGCGAUGCCGCGCAGCUGCGCAGAUUCCACACCUCGUUUGACGCCGUGGUCGCGGCGACGAAACCGCCCGACGUGCUCGCGUGCGGCUAUCCGGGCGGCAACAGCAGCUGGCUGCAGACGCUGCUCCAGGAGCCGGGGAGCGGUGGUGGCAGCGCCGACCCACGGAAGCUGUUGCUGCGGAAAGGGGCGGUUCCGUGGAAGCCCCUCGCUGGGCUCAACGGCGGCAUCAUGGUGCGGUCCGGCAGCGACCUGCCGACGCUCGCUCGCCUUGCGCAGGGGCUGAUCGACGAGCCACGGUUUCGAGCCACGCGAGACAAUCCGUGGAACGACAUGUACUUGCUGUACCCGAUGGGGGGGCGGGCGGCCCGCACAGAAGAAACGAGUGCGGCGUAUGGCUCAGGACGCGAUUCGCUGUUCGUGUUCCACUACAAGCACCAGUGGAAGACGGUCGGGCCCGACGCGUCAGCGGAGCACUGCACGGCCGUGCGGCGCCACCAACAGCUCACCUCCGCCCUUGCGGCCGCGUCGGGGUGCAAGAGCUUUUACAACUACAUCAACUACGACCUUACAUGUGCGGGAAACUCGAGCGACGGCUGGUUUCAGGCUCACUUUAGCGACGUCCCGCGCCUGAGGAGGGUGCGCAGCGCCGCCGAUCCGGGCUACGUCUUCCACUCCUACGUGACUCGCGCCCGCAGCCCGUGUGUGUGCGCGGCGCGGACAGCAGAGGAGAAGGCGGUGAAGGCAGCAACGCUGACGCGCCCUCGCAAGGGUGGCGCGACGGGCGCGGCGGGCAGAGCAAAGGCGUAUCCUCACCGUGAGAGCAUGCCGCGAGGACACAGGGUAGCCUUCAAUGCGAGCGAGCGCGGCCGAGCGGGCUGUGGUCACCCCCGAAAGAGUUUGAAGGCCUUAAAGCUCCUGCGGGCACGGACCGACCUGUCGCUGGUACCUGGCUUCGUGCGAGGCCCGCCAAUGGCCACUGCGACGCACGGUUCCCAGCCGAUGCAACGGCACAGGCAGAGCGGCUUUGCGAUGCCGAUUUCGUGCAGUGAUGCUGCUGUCACGUGGAAUUGGGCAUCGCUGAGCGGCCUCAAGAACCCCUCAUACGGGCGCUGCGCCGUACUCGACUCGGCCACUCAUAUUGCCGCGGCGCCACUCGAGCACCACUCAGCGCCAGUGUGCGUCGACCAUCUUCGCGGGGUACGCGAGCUGAACAGCAACGGCGUGCCCGGCCACUCUGUCGUCGCCUUCACCACGCACACGUAUCGCCCGACCAUGUGCGAGGGGUGCAUCAAGGUGACCUUGCCCCUUCAUCCCCAAAUUUUGCCGCACACCACCGAACUUCCUCACUUCGGCCCAAUCGGCUACACGCUGAGCGGUCUCCCGCUGGUGGGUUCGGCGUGGCCCGUCUGGAAUGGCUUCAUCCAAAAGCAACAGGCUUGGCGAGGCCACGGCGGCAGCCCCGAAACAGGCUACCUGUGGCAUUAUCACCACCCUGCGAUCAAGAGCGACCCGACGGGCGAAUACGCUCGCCCCGAUGAGCUGAUUGGAUGGGCGAUGGAUGGCUUCCCCAUCUAUGGCCCACUGCCAGCGGGUGACGACGGCGCGCUCGACGCGUGCAACGGCCGCAUCGCCAACGGAGGCUACCGCUACCACGUGCGUCGCCUCGAGGCGAUCAACCUGUCGCUGCCGUACUGCCGCAGCCACGGCUCGGGCUGGGCCACCCACUGGUCGCUCAUCCUGGGCUGCUUCCACGGCGACGUGUCGCGCACCACCAUCAGCCAGCGGUCGUGCCUCGGAUGGUAG